AUGGGUAUAGAAGUUACUGACAUAUGCAUGGACAAGGAGUCAGACUGUGUCAUCAUUUAUUCAAAUGGUGUCUCCCAUGAUCCAACUCAUGAAACUGUUCCUGAUGAUCAUGGCGUUCUGGAAUCCUAUGAGCCAAUCAAUGGGGUUCCUGAGAUCCAUAGUUCGGAGGAGAGUACUGAAGCAAAGGAAUAUGAGGUGAAGGAAUGUACCACUGAAGUCUCAGUUGAGGUUACUGAACUUUCUCAUGCUGAAGAAAGCAAGGAAGGCCAGGCUGUAGUAUGCUCAAAUUUUGAGGAUGGCUUGAAAGUGGAAAAGAUCAAAGCAAUAAACCAAAAAUCAAAGCAUAGUGAUCAGAAAAAAUCAUCUACAAAGCAUGCAUCAAAACCUGCUCCUCCUGGAAUUGCUCGAACGAAACACACUGUUCCUCAGCCAUUUUCCCUGGCAACUGAAAAGCGUGCUUCAUUGGGAAUUCGUCCUUCUGGCGAAACUGAUAUCACCAAUGUUGUGAACAAAUCAUUCAAGGCAAACAAUGUGCUACGUCCAAACCCUAUAAAGCAGAAUCAGCCACUUUUGGUGCCAAGGAAGCCACUGCAACCAAAUAAUAAGAAGCAUCCAGAGGAGGAAGAUAAUUGUUCUGUCACUUCCUCUACCACAGCAUCUGCACGGCUUGUUAAGUCCAAGCCAACUGCUGCAGCAGCCCCUGUAUUUAGAAGCACUGAACGUGCUGAAAAGCGGAAGGAGUUCUAUUCAAAGUUAGAGGAAAAACAUCAAGCAUUGGAGGCUGAGAAAACCCAAAGUGAAGUAAGGACCAAGGAAGAGAAGGAGGCAGCCAUCAAGCAACUGAGGAAGAGUUUGAUGUUUAAGGCUAGCCCAAUGCCAAGUUUCUACCAUGAAGGGCCACCACCUAAGGUUGAACUAAAAAAGCUGCCACCAACACGUGCAAAAUCACCGAAGUUGGGCCGAAGGAAGAGCUGCAGUAAUGGAGUGAAUUCAUCUCAACCAGACAGAGUGAAAGGAGCUUGUAUUGAUGGAAAUAACCAAAGUCAGGGUAUUUUCAGAGAAGAUAUCAGCAACCCUGUUCCUCAACAUAGUGUCCUGAAAGGCCAUGCCAUUUGCAAAUUUGAAGAUGAAACCAAGCAAGCAGGGGAGAUAGAUGAGUCAAGUCUACCUGAGUUAAAGGGACAGAGUUUUGCAGACAUUGGCCUUCAGUCUUAA